CAGGGUCACCCGGCUGAGGUUCGAUUUGAACUUCCUUUUCUGGCUGCCCAACAGCCGGCAAAGAAGAGAAAAGGCCCCUGUGAGCCCUUCACAAACGUCCUAUUUGCUCCUCCCAGCCACCCAGCAGAGCCGAGGCUAAGAGGGGAAGUGACUUGCCCAGGGUCACACAGCCAGGUCCCCCGGGAGACUGGAUUCGAGUGGGGGGAAGGGGGACGUUCCGGGGAGCCCGAGCGAACUGAGGCUGCUCCUGCACAAGGUCCGGGCCUCGGGUUCCGAGGUUCGCUUAUCCCUCCCAGCGCGAUUUCGGCGGGGGCGCUCCAUCCCUGGCCGGCUGCCUGGCUGCCCGGCCCUUCCCGGUCCGGAAGGUGGAGGCGCCCAGCGGUGAUCCCUGCUCAGGUCGCAGGACAGGCGGGAGGGAACUCUUCCGCGCCCCCGAGCCUGCUCCGCCCUCUCGUGCCCCGCCCCCAAGCUCAGCUCCAAUACAAAGAAGAGCUGGUGCUCCCGGCGGCCUCCAACGUAAAGGCUCCGGAGGCAGCGCGGUGGCUGGAUGGCGCCUUCCCCCGCGGGUCCCGGCCCCGAAACCCCGGAGGAGGAAGGGGAGCCCCGUGAGAGCAGUGGGGUCGGGCGCCUCGGGGUGAUCUCCAAGCUCUGCUACGGCAUCGGCGGGGCCCCCAACCAGGCCGCCUCCAGCGCUAGCGCCUUCUACCUGCACCUGUUCCUGCUGGAUGUGGCCGGGGUUCCCGCCGCCCAAGCCUCCGCGCUCCUGUUUGUGGGGAAGCUGGCCGGGGCGGCGGCGGACCCCGUGGCCGGGUUCAUUAUCAGCCGCAGCCCGAGGACGCACCUGGGCCGCCUGAAGCCCUGGAUCCUGGGCUGCUCGCCCUUCCUGGCGCUCGCCUACUUCUUCCUGUGGUUCCUGCCCCCCAUCGCCCACCUGCAGGCUCUCUGGUACGGAGCUUCCUACAGCCUCUUCCAGGCCCUGUCCACGCUGCUGCAGGUCCCGUACUCGGCCCUCACCAUGUUCCUCACUCAGGAUCAGCAGGAGCGAGAUUCAGCCACGGCCUACCGGAUGACCAUGGAGAUGGCUGGGACCCUGAUCGGAGCCACCGUGCACGGGCUCAUCGUGGCCGGCGCCCACGAGGCGCCCAGGUGCCCGGAGGCCAACGUCACUGCGCCCGGGCUCUCCCAGCGCACGAGCCAGCUCUACAUGAUCGCCGCUGGGGUCAUCGCAGGGACCUUCCCGCUGUGCGCCGCCCUGCUCACCCUGGGGACCCGAGAGGAAGACGAUGCCUCCGUCCUCGGGCCGCAGAGUGUCCCCUUCGUCCGGGGGCUCGGCCACACGCUCCGGCACCAGCCCUACCAGAGGUUCGCGGCUUCCUUCCUGCUCAUCUCGGCCGCCGUGCAGGUCCAGCAGAGCUACCUCGUCCUGUUCUGUACGCACGCGGCGCCCCUGCACAGCCACAGGCAGAAUCUGGUGCUGCUGGUGCUGGUGGCGGCUGUGCUCAGCACCCCGCUCUGGGAGUGGUUCCUGAACCGAGUUGGGAAGAAGACGGCGGCCUACGGGAUCGCGGCCAUGGUGCCCUCCGCGAUCCUGCUGGCCGCCGCCCCCUCGGCCCCCGUGGCCUACGUCGUGGCCUUCGUGUCUGGCGCCAGCAUCGCCGUGGCCAACCUGAUGCCCUGGUCCAUGCUGCCCGACAUCGUGGACGACUUCAGGCUCCGGGAGACGCCCCUGGAGGGCCUCGAGACCAUCUUCUACUCGUCCUUCGUCUUCUUCACCAAGCUGGCGGGCGCCACGGCCCUGGGCAUCUCCACCCUGAGCCUGGAGUUCUCAGGGUAUGAGGCUGGCGCCUGCAAGCAGUCGGAGCAGGUGGCCCUGGCACUCAAGGUGCUCAUCGGAGCUGUCCCCACGAGCAUGGUGCUGGCCGGCCUGGGCAUCCUGUCGGUUUACCCCAUCACGGAGCAGCGGCGCCAGGACACGGCCCUCUCGCUGGACAGGCUGAGGAAGGAGGCUCCAGCAGAGCAGCAGCCACAGGCAGCCCCUGCGGCAGAGGCCCCCCCACGGGCCUCCCCAUCUGGCUUCUGCAGGCCUUUGGACCAGAAUGGCGGGGGCAAAAGGGAGGCCCCUGCUCAUGCCAGGAGGUGCCAGAGCUGAUGCCACCGCCAUCUGCUCUUUUAAGCGCCUCCCUUCCAGCUUAGAAUCCAUCAGGCCAGGCAAUGGGGGUUCAGUGACUUGCCCAGGGUCACACAGCUAAGAAAUGUGUCUGAGGCCAGACUGGAACCCAGGACCUCCCCAUCGGCUCUCCAUCCACAGAGCCACUUGGCUGCCUCCUUCCAGCCAUGAUGUUCCAUUGAUUCCCCCUCCCCCGCUUUGCUAUUGCUGGGAAGAUGGACUCAACCUCCCCAUUCUGCAGCACCACCACCUAGGAGGCAGCCUGGAUUUCUCCCUGACUUCCCAGGCCUGCACCCCCACCAAGCUGCUCCCAAAGCCCCGGAUUUCCCUCUGCAGCACCUCCAACGACCUCCUCCUGUCUUCUGAUCUUGCCUCCCCCCAGAGCUGGCCCAGGCACCAAAAGGACCUGGGUGAAGCCCUGCCCCCCCCAGGCAAUCACUGAACCCCUGGUGCCUCCUCCUCCUCCCCAUGGGUUCUUGGCCACCUCCCCACCCCCACCCCCACCCGGUGCCUGGAGCCCUCCUCCUCCAGGAAGCCUGCAGCCUGGCCUGGGCUUUCCCUUUUCUCAUCUCCCGUGAUCCUGUGUGGAGCUUGUUUUACAGACUCGUGUACAGUGUGGCCGGCCCCCAUCAGACUGUCCAGUGCCUCGUUUUGUACCCGGCUCCGCACGUAGUAGGCGCUUAAUCAAUGUUUAGCCACUCAUUGAUGGAGCCUUUCUCAGGUUUCCGGCAUUGCCGAAAUGGAAGCGGGUGGCUGCGGGAGGAGCCUAGCCCGGCUCGCUCCCGCCUCAUCCCUCGUCCGGGAGCGCUUCUCUUUCGGAAAUCGGCCCGGGGCGACCGCGCAAACUUGGCUGCUCCGGGUGGUGGGCCGGCAGAGGCAGCCGGACCCAGCCGAAGGGCUUGGUGGCUGGGGGGAGGCCCGCCGCGGGCUCCUCUUCUACAGGGGGAGGGAGGCAGGGAGGCAGCUGAGCCAGGUGGUCGGGCAGUCCCCAGCCGGAGGGGGCGGUUCCUUCAGUCCGCUGCGGAGCUCCGAGGCUCCCCCGCUCUGCUCACUUCCCUCGGCAGCAUGAGGGCACUCAGGGCGACUUUCUGGCUCUUGUCUGGAGACCCGCAUUCUAACCGGAGUCGGGCCUGCUUCUGCGGCUCCCACCGAGCCUCUCCCCGGGCUGUCCAGUGGCACCCGCCCCGCCCCUCGGCAGCUGAGUUUCCUGCAAGUUUCCCGUUUGACCCCCAGCCCCAGCCUCACAAUAGACCUAGAACGGCCGACAGUCUCCUGUUGAGCACCCUGUUCUGUGUUCCGAGCUUCUCCCAUAGUAGGAAAGCCCGGAGCGGCCCCUUUCCUUUUGUCUUCAUCCCCAAGCUCGUCAGCAGAGGAGCCACCCACAGGGUCUGGCGAAAUCUUCAUCUCUCAUCAUCCUCCCAGAGCCACUGCUGGAGCCCCAGGGUUCCCACUCUAGCAUCUGGGUGCCCGGCUCCGGAUAGUAGCCCAUUAGCAGACCUAGCUCUUCCUGGUUUUCCCCCAAGUUAACACCCUUAAACCCUCCAAGCCUCUGGCGUCCCCUGUUAGUGCUGAGGGCAAUACCAUCCUCCCGGUCCUCUAACUCCCAGAUCCAAUAAAGGUGCCAGGCCAAGCUGGGGCUGUCAA